UAUUUGGCCCCUCAAAAGGGGCAUCCAUACAAAUUUCCCACAAAAAUCAUUUUGGUCUUGUCGAUUAUCCAUAUCAGUACGAAAUUUAUUCAUUUAUCUAUACCAUUAGUUCAACAUUUUCUGCUGUUACCAAACAAAUCCUGCUUUCCAUCAAGGGAAGGAAGAAAUGGAGAUGGGCAAUGAGAGAAGAUGGAGAUGGUGGCGGUUUUUCAUUGUGACUGGAGUGGCGGUCGCUGGAUUUCUGUUUCCUAGCAGCAGUGCUUCACAACAGGAGCAACUGAUGGAGCCUCAGCCUGUGGUAUCCAGGAUUGCGUUUGGAUCAUGCGCUAACCAGGAUGCUUCUCAGCCAAUCUGGAAUUCCAUAAUCAACUUCGACCCGCAAGUUUUCAUUUGGCUUGGUGAUAACAUCUAUGGAGACAUUAGGCGUCCUUUCAAAUUACUUGGUCGAGAAAGGACGGUGGGACCAUGGAAAAAUGUUCCACGUUUCGUUCCUUCGUCUAAGCAGGAAAUGAUGCUCAAAUACAAGAAGGGCAAGACAGUUCCGGGUUAUUCUCGGCUUAGACAGAAGACCAAGGUAAUCGGUGUCUGGGAUGACCAUGAUUAUGGAUUAAACAAUGCUGGAAAGGAAUUUACCGAGAAGGUCACUAAUCAGAAGCUUCUCCUUGAUUUUUUAGAUGAACCUCUUGAUAGUCCAAGGCGCAAGCAGCAUGGUGUGUAUGCAUCAUAUAUGUUAGGCCCUAUAGGUAAAAAAAUUAAGGUUAUCCUAUUAGAUACUAGAUAUCACCGUGAUCCGCUGUUUAGUGAUGGAACUAUUUUGGGUACUGCUCAAUGGACGUGGCUGGAGAAGGAGCUUAAGGGUCCAGAGUCGGCAGUUACAAUAAUUGGGUCAUCCAUUCAGGUUAUAUCAAAUCUUUCAGCAAACACCAGGCCGUUGUUCUAUUUGGAGUCUUGGGGACGUUUCCCCAAGGAGAGAGAUCUCCUUUUCAAGUUGAUUGCAGAUAGCAAGAGACAAGGAGUUUUCUUUAUAAGUGGAGAUGUUCAUUUUGGCGAAAUUUCACGCUAUGAUUGCGCCGUUGAAUAUCCACUAUUUGACAUAACCUCAAGUGGUCUUACCCAAGCAGUUGAAAGGGUGGUUCCGCAACCAUUACAAUUUUUAGUGAGGUUUCUUGCAUCAUUGACGCCAUCUACAAUGAGAGUUAUGAAAAGCAAAUGCAGAUACAAGUCCUGCACGUUCGGCCAACCAAAUUUUGGAGUCGUUGAAAUUGAUUGGGGUGCAACUCCAGUAAGAAUCAAAAUGGAAGUGCGGGAUACAAAUGGACUUGCAGUGGUAGGUUUAAACAUCCCAUUGAGUUUGUUGCGUCCAGGAAACAGUGAGUAUUUGUCCAGUAAUAAUACGGGAGAGUAUGAGAGGCAUUGUCUUCUGGAAGUUCAUUUGGGAUGGAUAGUCCGAUAUCGCCUGGCAAUUUUUUUUUAUAGUACCUUGACUUUACUUCUUCUCGCUUUGUUGGGAAUUGCUUAUGUGGCCACAUUGUCAUGCAGGAGCUGCGUCCGCAAAUGCAAGCGUGACUAACCGGGGUUUCACCUUUUUUUUUUUCUUGUGGCUGGUUAUAUUACAGAUUAGAGACGAUUGGAAAAGGGCAAAGAUCAAAUAAUGUAAUUUUUAAAAGUAAUGGCAAAAAUAAGGUAUAUAGAAAAGAUACCUAAAAAAUAGGGUCAAAGAGAAGUAUUGAUAAAAAUAGGAUAAUUUUGUGGAGUGACAAAUUUGUAUAACCAGUACAUGAUUACAGUUGUCUGAUCAUCACCCUGUGGAUGCUAGAUGGCUAUCAUGUUAGCCAUAUGGAUUGGACUUGGUCAAAAUGAGGAUCAAAUUCGUGAACAUCCACGAUUUUUUUUUUU